AUGGCUCCUCGUGAAACCAUCCUGUUCCUUAUGGCGCAGGUAGUUUUGAUGAUGCUGCGGUGCACUACGUCCAUGAUGCUAUUUCACAGGUGGCACAUGUCCCGUCGUAGACGUGCGGCAGCAAUGCUUCUUUUCUUUCGCCACCGGCGUUCAACAUUCCGUCGCCUGGCCCGUGCUCCUCCUAGGAACAAGAUACGACGCUGGUAUGUUUUGGCGGAGCUGGAGGAGCCAAGGGAGCAUUGGGUAUGCCCAAGGAGCCUCCAUUGGUGGGACAGAAUAGUGUCGGAACAGUGGGAUGACCAUGCUUGGAUGAUGCGAUUCAGGAUGACAAAGGUGACCUUUCUUGACCUGGUGGAGGUUCUUCGCCCUCGUCUCCAGCGCCAGACCACCACCAUGCGCGCUCCUCUCUCGGUAGAAAGAAGAGUUGCAGUAGCGGUUUGGUGUCUUGCCAAUGGCUGCAGCUUUCAGGUGGCCAGUGACCUGUUCGGGAUAGGACGCUCCACAGUGGCAGCCUCCUUGAUGGAAUUCUGUUUUGCCGUGGAGGUAGAGCUGUUUUCCAAAACCGUCUGUCUUGGUCCCGACAUUGGCUUGGUAAUGGAAGGAUUUCGGAAUUUGGGUUUUCCACACUGCAUUGGUGCCAUCGAUGGAUCCCACAUCCCGAUAUGCGCUCCAGGAGGUCGUCCUGACCAAUAUGGAAACCGCAAAAACUUUUCAUCUAUCCUUCUUCAGGGGACUGUAGAUGCCAGUGGACGUUUCAUUGAUGCAGAGGUGGGCUGGAGCGGCAAAAAUCAUGACGCCUUUGUCUUCUCUCAUUCUGCCUUUUGUCUGGCCAUGGACGCCGGGUCACUUGUCCCAGGAAAUCCGUGCCUCGACUUGGAUGGUGUCUUGGUCCCACCACUCGUUAUUGCCGACGGUGCGUACCCCAUGCGACCUUGGCUUAUGAAGCCAUACGGGAGGUCAGCGGUUGCAGAACACCAUCGAAAUUUUGAUCGGCGAUUAUGUCGGGCUAGGAAUACGGUUGAGAGAUGUUUCGGUCGUCUGAAAUCAAGAUGGCGGUGUCUUUUCAGACGUCUGCAAGUGAGAGAGCAGAACGUGGUUUCUGUAGUGACAGCUUGCGUUGUGCUACACAACAUCUGCGAAGAGAAGGGACAUCCUGUCCUGUCUUCACUACAGUCACCAGCCGAAGUCAGGAUUGAGUGUGACGAGGAGGAGGACAUUCCCUCUAAUGCUGGGCAACUUGAGGCAGGGAAGCGGGUGCGUGAAGCCUUGGCUUGGCAUAUGGCUUCCGGCCGCACACCACUGUAG